CUCGCAAUUUCCACCACUGUGGUUUCCACGGCGAGUUGCCCGGUAUGGUGAGCAACGUUGAUGGCGAGCACGCUUAGUAACGCCGACGCGCACGCGCACAGCAGCCGGUGGUGGCGGUCCGAGGCCGAGCUGCCGUGACGCGAACGAGGCGUACUCCGACUGUGGCGCCGACUGCGAGCUCGUGUGCGGACGGCCCAUGCCCGAGGGUGGCUGCCGCGGACACUGCAAGUCAGGCUGCAUCUGCAGGCACGGAUACAUCAGGUCAUCGGUGGGCGGUCCUUGCGUGCCGGUGUCCAAAUGCCAGCCGGACUGCGGCCCCAACCGAAAGUUCGAGGUGUGCGCCUCGCUGUGCCCCGCCUACUGCGACGUGCGGCCCCGGCGAUGUCUCCGGCUGUGUCGCAUGAACGCCUGCGUCUGUGCCGACGGGUAUCUGCUCACCAGGAACGGCACCGCUUGCAUACACCGGGAUCGGUGCAAGCGCUUUUGACGACGUCACGCCGCGCAGAAGGUUUCCACGGUGCGGAGAGAAAGCUCUUUAUUGAAAAUGCAGAGUGUUUAGCCAGCGCAUUUUCGCCUACAGGCUACUCUGCAGGC